AUGGGUUCAGUGUCGCGAGAUAGGGCGGUCGACCCCUCCGACAUAUCGGGCAGCGUCGCCACCGCCAGCGACGAGCGACUCCGGCGUACCAAGAGCGAGCGUGUUAAAGGCGAGAAGGACAGGGACCAGUCCCGCGAACGAACCCGGGACAGGGACAGAGAGAGAGACAGAGAACAUCGCCACCGCAGCAGCCACAAGACCAAGUCGCGCAGCUCCAAGAUGGCCGCCGACGGCGAGUCGCAGACCUCGACGUCGCAUCGCCGACAUCGCACCGAGGAGGAGAAGCAGCGUCACCGCGAGCGCAAGGAGGAGCGCGAGAGGGAGCGCGAGGAGAGGAAGAAGACUUCAAGUAUGAGCGAUCUGGUCCCCGAGAUGAGCAGGAGCUCGCUGCAGUCGAGCAGGGUUAGUCUGCCGUAUCCAUCUUUCAGCAAGGCACACAGCAAGGAGGACGUCUCUGCCGUUCGAAAUGUUGAACGUGAACCGCCCACGCCAGAGCCUACCGACCUGGGCCCCAAGCAAAGCAGGAGAUCCAAGUCACCCAACAGAUCGGGAAGUAGUGCUAGCAGCACCAGGAAGGCAAGCGUGAAGAAGAAUGACCGGCCACCGAGCCCGCCAGAGACGGAGAUGUCUGAGGAAAAGAGGCGGAGUCGAACAUCAACGCCGCGGACGAGAGAAAGCGAUGACCGGGCUGCAGACAGGCCGGAUUCUAGGACAAGCGGUAUGUCAAGGUCGAGUUCGCGGCGCGACGACAAGUCCAAGCUAUCAACCAAGUCCAAGACGUCAAGCCAGGCCACAUACAUCAAGUCUACAGGCAGACCGCCUCCUGGUGUCCAAGUGGUGGAUGAUGACGAUUCGAUCGUGAGUGAUGACAAGACGGCCGGCGCCCGCUCUGCUGCCACUUCUAUUCUACCCAAACGAAUGGAUUCGAAAAGAUCGAGACGAUCUGAUUCGCUGGACGACGACUCGCCCGAUUCGGUACAGGACUCGUCGCCAAAGACUCCUACUGUAACAGCGCAAUUCCCCCCUCCGCCGCCCAUGUUCUCGAAUGAGAAGCAACCAUCACCCUUGGUCUUUGUUGCAGAUGAUCGGCCUGCAGAUCGCCCUACACCUUCAGCAACUCCCAUGAGUGAUUUUGGACCCCCACCGCCGCCGCCUCCGCCUCCGCCGCCAUUGAACAUUCAAGAGGUGCCUAGGAUUGAUUACCUCUUGCAGAAUGGUGGUUUAAUGCAACCCAUACCCAAGAACUUCCUUGCCGCCAUACCGAGACCGAAUGGCACGAGGCCGUCGAAUCCACCAUUGGCUGGUUCCGAUGUGCUAUUUGCGCCUUUCUUUGACUUACUAAAUAAGUACCAAACUGUCAUCCACAAGCAGGGUUCCGUUGCAGUGGCCACUGGUCAUCGUUCGGUCGCCCGACGUCUGCUUGAUAGGUUAGAAGAUGUCUUCUCGAGAGAUCUACCCGAAGAGGGAUGUAAUUGUGUCAUGUGUGAGAGAACACCCGAUGAACAUCACGGUCUCGGUUGGGGAGAGGUAUUGGAAAGGGUUGGAGGGCGGGUGGAAAUGCCCAGCUGGCCACCAUUCGACCUGGCAAACUUGAGCGCAGCGGCAGCGGAACGUCUGAGCGACUUGCCGCCCCGACCAUCGUCGCCUGUCAAACUGGAUCCUGAUAUUGCCGAGGAAUUUAGAGACCAUUAUCUUCGACAGUCCAAGAAAGUCAGAUCUGCAGUGGACAAGUGGAUGAACACUUGUGCUGAGGCGCCUGCGCCGCCACCGUCAGAUGUAGAUGACGAGACGCUCACCUUUGCGAUCCUGACCAGCCUCGAGACCGAGGAGCGACCAUACUUUAAUGCACUACUCGCGGGUUCCCGAGAACUCAAGCCAGAUGUAAGAGCGCCCACACCCAACGUGCGGAAACCGCGUGCAGAGUUCGUGGUACAAAUGGGCUUGUCGCUCCAACGACUGUACCGCCUAUCUCAGCCUCCUCGUGAUGCAGAGACAGCCAUGUAUCUUGUCAAGAACCCUUUCCACCACGAUGUUCUCGUUACCAUUGUCGACAUUAGCCCACAAGAAUGGGAGAUAUUGACUUCCGGCCGCUUCGACGGCUUUCUUUGGUCUGGUGCCGACGAUGAUGGUAUUACGCCAACCGCCGAGUAUCCUCGUGGCGCAACUCCCGCAUCUGGUUUUUUCUCCCCUCCAGCGUCACGCCCAGGAACGGGCAUGUCGCGUCAUGCGGGUGGUGGAGCAUCAAGAAACACAACUCCCUUUUCAGGUGUAUACAGUCGUGGCGCAACACCAGCCUCUUUCAUCUCUCUUAACUCGACAGCGACACAAGGUCAGAGCCGGCAAGCCGUAUCGCACGACGAAGAGUUGGAAAUAGCCGUUCUCAACGAAGUCGAGCGGGAAAUCUAUCAGGGUAUGGAAGCACUGGAGGACGCCUUUGAGAAGCUGCACCACCAAGCCGAAAUGGUUCGCAAUGCGCUACGAGAACGAAAUGCUGGGCUUAUGAUGCGUAUGCAGCAACGACGAGCUGGUCGAAUCGACGUUUUGCCACAAAGCGGCGACAGCAUGAAUGGAUAUGAGCGACCAUACUGGGCUGCCGGCGAAGACGAGACUAGCGAGAGCGAUUGGGGUGGUGAUGAUUUGGACAGCUUGGCACCAGACGACUCGGCCAGCAACAUAAGCAGCAGCAGGCAUCGCAGGCCGAAGCGGAGAACUGAACGCAGGACGCCCGCGCCUAUCGAGGAAGAUGAUGAGGAGAAUUAG